UCAAAGUAAUAACGUGAGUUCAGUGUUUAUUUAUUUUUUGGGAAUAAAAAUUUGUAAGAACUGAUCAUUGUUAAACUAGGUACUAAAGACCUAUAUGACCCAAGCCGUCUUUAAUUAUAUUAAAAUGACUUAAAGUGAUAGUGUGCUGUAUAUUAUCUAUCAAAGAUGUCGAACCAGGUAGCUGCAUUUGUAGCGGGUUUAAAAUCCCGAAAUGUGGAUGUUCAAACGAAAACGGCAAGAGAAUUGUAUCACUUUGCUAAAACUGAGCUGCGUGAAGUUCCACAGGAAGAGCUUACUCAGUUUCUCGAUGAAUUUAAUCACCAAAUAUUUGAAAUGGUUUCUAGCAAUGAUGUUCAUGAGAAAAAAGGAGGUGUACUGGCGAUAGUAUGUCUCAUUGGAGGUGACUGUGAUACUACAAAGACUAGAAUCACUAGAUUUGCUAAUUACUUACGAAAUCUCCUACCGUCAUCCGAUGCAGGAGUAAUGGAAUUAGCGGCUAAAACAGUCGGGCGUCUGGCAACCGUCUCCGGGGUCAAAAGAGCUGAAUAUGUAGAAUUUGAAGUAAAAAGGGCAUUUGAAUGGCUUUCUGAAGAAAGAAACGAAGGCAGGCGUCAUUCAGCUGUUUUGCUAUUAAAAGAACUUGCUAUUGCUAUGCCAACAUAUUUCUAUCAACAAGUUUCUGGGUUCUUUGACCAUAUUCUUGUUGCGUUGAAAGAUCCUAAACAGCAAAUAAGGGAAGCAGCUGCCAAAGCUUUACGAGCUGGUUUCGUAGUGACAGCUCAGCGAGAAACUGCAAAGCAGUCUACAGCAAAACCACAAUGGUAUAUGCAGUGUUAUGAAGAAGCAAUGCUGUCCUUUGAAGAUGUUCCAAUAAAAGAAAAGGGUAUUACUAAAGAGGAUCGGGUUCACGGAGGGCUCUUAAUCUUGAAUGAAUUGUUAAGAUGUUCUAAUGCAAUUUGGGAGAAAAAAUAUUCACACUUAAUGAGAAGCAUUGAUACUCAAAAAGAUAUAAUAGUAUCGGAUGAUAUUAUUUUUAUUAGCACUAAGCUCCACAGUCCUUCAGUAAAGAGAGGCUACUUGUGUGAUGGAUUUAAAACAGAAAAUGUGCAAUAUCCAGUUCCUAUAUAUGAAUCUGAAGUAUGUAAAAAACUUUUGUCUGAGAAAAUUGAAAGGAUUUGCCAUGAUGUGAUGGCCCAAAGGUUGUUGAAGCUGCAAGGAGUGCCACAAAUACUUCUUGUUAUAAUCCCAAGAUUAGCUGCAUUCAAUAAAGAAUUAUUCUUGAAGAAAUAUCUUAAUUCAACUAUGCAUUACUUAUUAACUUCAAUAAGGAGUAGGGAGAAAGACAAAAACAUGGCAUUUACAACACUUGGCCUUAUGGCAGCAGCUUUAGAGGGUGAUAUAAGAACUUUUAUACCAAGAAUUAUGGAUGUUAUAAAGCAAGCAUUGCCCGUCAGAGAUAGUCAAACAAAGAAAAGGAUAUGGGUCGAUCCAUCUAUAUUUGCCUGUAUAACAUUGCUAAGUAGUGCUGUAAAAGAUCUUGUUGUAAGAGACAUUAAAGAAAUACUUGAUGCUAUGUUUGCAACUGGUUUGAGCCCAUCUUUAACAAUAUGCAUGAAGGAGUUGAGUGAAAAUUUACCCUCACUUAGAGCAGAAAUAUCAGAAGGCCUUUUGAAUAUGCUCUCUUUAGUUCUUAGGAAUAAACACUUUUUACAUCCAGGAGUGCCUAGGAGUUUAGAACAGCAGAUGAGUAAUAUAACCCUUGCAAUAGAACCACAGGACACGGCAAGCAUUGUUUUAGCACUGAGGACAUUAGGAACUUUUCAUUUUGAAGGGCAACACAGUUUGCUCAUGUUUGUCCGUAGAUGUGCAGAUCACUUCUUACAGAGUGAUCAACAGGAAAUAAGGGUUGAAGCUGUGAAAACAUCAGCAAAACUUUUAGCAGAUGCUGCAAUAAGGACAAUGAAAACUCCUUCAAAGACACUCACCAUGUUAACAGCAGAAGUUGUUGGCAAAAUGCUAAUUGUUUCCGUAACUGAUCCUGAUUACGAAGUGAGAUACUGGGUACUUGAAUCUCUAACACAAAUUUUCGAUACACAUUUAGCGCAAAUAGAAAAUCUUAGCUUUCUGUUUAUUGCUAUGAAUGACGAGCAUUUAGAAAUACGAGAAUUAGCAAUUUGUACCAUUGGAAGAUUGAGUACAGUUAAUCCCGCAUAUGUAAUGCCUGGUUUAAGAAAGACAUUAAUACAGUUUUUGACAGAACUAGAACAUUCGGGAAUGAGUCGGAAUAAAGAGCAAGCUGCUAGAAUGCUUGAUAAUCUUAUUUUGCAUGCUCCUAAACUCGUGAAACCUUACAUGGAGACAAUUUUAAAUGUUCUGGUACCAAAAUUGAAAGAACCUGAUGUUAACCCAGGUGUUGUCAUCAGUGUUCUUAAGGCAGUAGGAGAUUUAGCUGAUGUUCAUGGUGAUAACAGUGGCCUUAGGAAAUGCCUUCCAGAACUUCUUACAAUCCUUCUUGACUUACUUUCCGACGCAACUGCGACAGAAAAGCGUAGCGUGGCUCUAUGGGCAUUUGGACAACUAAUUAGCGCAACAGGAUAUGUUGUUACUCCAUAUACAGACUAUCCAAAUUUAAUGGAUGUGCUUCUAAAUUUUCUGAAAACUGAACAGCAACCGAAAGACAGACGUGAAACAAUUCGAGUAUUGGGUUUACUGGGCGCGUUGGAUCCUUAUAAACAUAAAUUAACAAAGAGUAGAAAGGAUGGGCAACCUAACUCAAGCUUAGUCCCAGUGGCUGAUAGUAAAGCUGAAGAAAACAAUUUUGACAUAACUUCAAGUGAAAUGUUGGUAUUGAUGCCAACACCAGUAUUGGACGAAUACUACCCAGCAAUUGUCAUUUCGACUCUCAUGCGUAUAUUACGCGACCCUACGCUUCAACAACACCAUACAAGUGUUGUUCAGGCAGUUACAUUUAUUUUCCAAUCCCUUGGUAUUAAAUGUGUUCCAUAUAUUUCCCGAGUUACUCCUAGUCUCCUAUAUGUCGCUCGCGCUACGGAUAACAUUGCUUUCCGUGAGUUCCUAUUUACACAGCUCGCCAAGUUAAUCGCUAUCGUCAAACAACACAUUCGAAAUUAUUUGGACAAAAUAUUUGAUCUUAUUAAAGAAUUCUGGACUCCCAACAGUCCUUUGCAGCCCACAUUAAUAUUACUCGUAGAACAUAUUGCAAUCGCACUUGGCUCAGAAUUCAAAGUAUACUUACCGCAAUUAAUGCCGCAGAUACUUCGCGUUUUGGCGCAUGAUACUAGCAAGGAUAGGGUUGUGACUGAAAAGUUGUUGUAUGCAUUACAAAAAUUCGAAGAUAACUUAGAUGACUACAUGCAUUUAGUAAUUCCUUCCAUUGUAAAGUUAUUUGAUGCAACUGACUGUCCUAUUCCUGUUGCGAAAGUCGCAAUGGAAACGGUUGACUAUUUGUCUGAUUCAUUAAACUAUAGCGAACUAGUAUCAAGAAUAAUUCAUCCCCUCGUUCGUAGUUUGGACACUUGCUAUGCUUUGCGCACAACAGCUAUGGAUACCUUGUGCGCUUUAAUCGUUCAAUUAGGUCGAAAAUUCACCGACUUCAUACCUCUUGUACAAAAGGUAUUGGUAAAGCAUAGGAUCCAACAUCAAAAUUAUGAACUAUUGCUAUCUAAGCUACAAACAACGCCAAUGCUAACUUUGGAAGAAUUUCUUCAAAGUACCAGAAGAAAACCGAGAAAUAAUAAUCAAGAGGCUCGUAUUGUAGCAUGUGACACAUCGCAAUCGAUUCGAAAGCUUUACGUGAACGCGCAAAGUCUUAAAGUGGCGUGGACGGUCAGCAGUCGCGUAUCCAAAGACGAUUGGUUGGAAUGGCUCAGACGUUUUAGUAUCGGUCUGCUAACAGAAUCACACAGCCCAGCAUUAAGAGCAUGCCUUGCACUUGCGCACAAUUAUUCCCAACUUUUGCGGGAUUUGUUUAACGCGGCCUUCGUGUCGUGUUGGACAGAACUGGAUAGUCGGUCACGCACAGAACUAUCGAAUGCUUUAGAGCAAGCGCUAACUGCUCCUGAUGCUCCGGAAUUAGCGCACACUGUUCUGAACUUAGCAGAAUUUAUGGAACAUUGUGAAGGUGGUGCCCUACCUAUAUCCACACAUUUACUUGGCGAAAGAGCAAUGCAUUGCAGAGCGUAUGCCAAGGCUUUACAUUAUAAAGAAGAAGAAUUCCGCAAUGGUGCAACUUCUCAAGUUGUAGAGGCUUUGAUACAUAUUAAUAACAAACUGCAGCAAAAAGAAGCUGCUGAAGGAUUACUCGAAAGAGUUAUGACACAAAGAGAAGCAGGCGAUACAAGCUUAAAAGUGCAGAUUCGAUGGUAUGAAAAAUUGCACAACUGGGAAAAGGCACUAAACCUAUAUGGAGAAAAACUUAGCAAUGAAACGGACAAUAUUGAUGCUUGCCUUGGAGAACUUCGAUGUUUCGAAGCGUUAGGCGAAUGGACGAAAUUGUACAACACUGUCUCAAUGUGGUGGCCGCAAAUGACUGACGAAGAAAAAUUCAAAGCGGCGAGAUUGGCGGCCGCUGCUUCUUGGGGUCUCAAUGAAUGGGAUUCUAUGUCUAAUUAUGUCAACUUCUUACCCGAAAACACUCAAGACGGAGCGUUCUAUAGAGCCGUUCUUAACAUACACAAUGGAGAUUAUAAUGUAUCAAAAUUAUACAUCGAUCAAGCACGCACAUUGCUUGAUUCAGAAUUAACGGCCGUCGCUGGUGAGAGUUACCAAAGAGCGUACGGAGCAUUAGUUAAUGCUCAGCUACUAGCGGAGUUGGAAGAAGUUAUAACAUACAAAUUAGUUCAAGAGCGAAGAGAAUCGAUUAGGCAAGCUUGGUGGACAAGGCUACAAGGUGGUCAACGGCUGGUCGAAGAUUGGAGUAAGAUUCUACAAGUUCGUGGUUUAGUUUUAACGCCGCAAGAGGACAUGGCCACUUGGUUGAAAUUCGCAUCACUUUGCAGGAAGAGUGGCGCACCGCGACAAGCUCACAAAACGCUAGUGAUGCUCUUAGGAAUAGAUCCCAGUGAAAAUCGAGACAAACCGCUGCCAUCCCACGAACCGAGGCUAACACUCGCAUAUGCAAAACAUUUGUGGGUGGCUGGUGAUAAGCAGCUAGCGUAUGAUCAAUUACAGCGUUAUGUUGACAAUGUGGAUAAUGGUGAUGCGGAACAUUGCAGAUUACUUGCUCGUUGUCACCUAAAGUUAGGCUCUUGGUGCGAGUCGUUGUCGGGAAUUAAUAGACAAUCUAUUAAAACGAUCCUGCGCAAUUACUCGGCUGCUACAGAACUUUCCUCCGAUUGGUACAAAGCUUGGCACGCUUGGGCAUAUAUGAAUUUCGAAACUGUACUAUUUUACAAGCACCAAGAAGGAGAUAAUCCUCCAACUUCUGUAGAUGUGAAAGCUUCAACUGAAUACAUACAAAUGUACACAGUGCCCGCCGUAGAAGGUUUUUUCAAGUCGAUCAAUUUAUCGCAUGGUAGUUCUCUCCAAGACACUCUGAGAUUGUUAACUUUGUGGUUUGAUUAUGGCCACCAUCCGGCAGUACACGAGGCGCUCGUUGAAGGAAUAAGAACUAUCGAAAUUAACGUUUGGCUUCAAGUCAUUCCACAAUUGAUAGCUAGAAUUGAUAUACCCAGAGCUUUGGUGGGAAAGCUUAUCCAUUCUCUUCUCAUUGACAUUGGCAAGUCGCAUCCCCAAGCGCUUGUUUAUCCGCUAACCGUCGCGUCGAAAUCCUCAUUUGUUGAUCGUAAAAACGCUGCGAAUCAAAUUUUGAAAUCAAUGUGUACACAUUCAAUUAAUUUGGUCAAUCAAGCAGCGAUGAUAUCGGAGGAACUUAUCAGAGUUGCUAUUUUGUGGCAUGAACAGUGGCAUGAGGCUUUGGAAGAAGCGUCUAGACUGUACUUUAGUGAGCACGAUGUAAAGGCAAUGUUCAAGACGUUGGAACCUUUGCAUGCGAUGUUAGAGCGCGGGCCGCAAACUUUGAAGGAAAUAUCGUUCAGCACCGCGUAUGGAAGGGAUCUGAAUGAAGCUCAAGAAUGGUGCAAUAGAUUCAAGGAGUCCGGUCAAGUCCGCGACCUGAACCAAGCAUGGGACCUGUACUACCACGUGUUCCGCCGCAUCAGCCGGCAGCUGCCGCAGCUCACGUCUCUCGAGCUGCAGUACGUCAGCCCAAGGCUGCUGGGCUGCAGAGACUUGGAGUUGGCUGUACCGGGGUCGUAUGUGCCAGAUAGAGAUUUAAUACGCAUUGCGCAUAUACAGAGCAGCUUGCAGGUCAUCACAUCAAAACAGCGGCCGCGUCGUCUAUGCAUACGCGGUUCGAAUGGCAAGGAUUACAUGUUCCUGCUCAAGGGACACGAGGACCUGAGACAGGACGAGCGAGUGAUGCAACUGUUCGGUCUCGUCAAUACUCUCCUACAAGCUGACCCAGAUACUUUCAGACGAGAUUUGGCCAUACAGAGAUACGCUGUUAUACCUCUGUCCACUAAUUCAGGGUUAAUAGGCUGGGUACCCCAUUGUGAUACACUGCACUCCCUGAUUAGAGAUUACAGGGAUAAGAGGAAGAUUCUGCUGAAUAUUGAACACAGGAUCAUGCAGAGGAUGGCUUCGGAUCUCGAGAAAUUAAUGCUGAUGCAAAAGGUGGAAGUAUUCGAACACGCAUUAGAGCACACAGCAGGGGACGAUCUCGCUAAACUAUUAUGGCUAAAGAGUCCCUCUUCAGAAGUGUGGUUCGAGCGCAGAACGAACUACACGCGGUCUCUAGCGGUCAUGUCCAUGGUGGGGUACAUACUGGGGCUCGGGGACAGACAUCCGUCGAAUAUAAUGCUGGAUAGAAAGACUGGGAAGUUCCUGCAUAUUGACUUUGGGGACUGCUUUGAAGUGGCCGUCACAAGGGAUAAGUUCCCCGAGAAGAUUCCGUUCAGAUUGACCAGGAUGCUCAUUAAUGCUAUGGAGGUAACGGGCAUCGAAGGUACCUACAGACGAACAUGCGAAUCGGUGAUGGAAGUGUUGCACCGACACAAGGACAGUGUCAUGGCGGUGCUAGAAGCGUUCGUAUACGAUCCCCUCCUCAACUGGAGGCUCAUAGAUGCCGGGAGAAGGUCCAGGAAUGAUGCUGAUCCAUCAUCAGCUGAAGGUGCAUCCCCACAACCAAGUAGGAGUCGAGCUGCUCUAGGAUUCAACGAAACCAUAGACCAGCCAGCGGAAACUAACCUCAACAAGCGAGCGUUGGCCAUAGUGAAUAGAGUUCGAGACAAACUCACAGGAAGGGACUUCCCGCAUAUAGACGAUAAUUGCGUUUCCGUUCAGAAACAAGUUGAUCUGCUGAUACAGCAAGCGACGAGUAACGAGAAUCUCUGUCAGUGCUAUGUGGGCUGGUGUCCGUUUUGGUAGAUUGAGCCUUAUGUACGGACGGAUAAGGCUCAAUAUUCGGUGCUUAAAUUUUGCAUUUAGCUACUGCGUUUGUCUUGAACUGAUACGACUUAAAUGGAAUCAUUGUAUGCAGCUUUCAGCUUAUAAUAUUGUUAUAUUUAUAAUGAACAUCCGUAUAAAUCAAAUUCACACAUUCACAAUUUUGUAACAUUUAUGUCGUAUCAUUUUAAGGCACUGCGUUAAAAUAUAUAGGAAAUAUUUUCUAAUAUUUUUAGAUUUGGAGUAAAUUUAGCAAAGAAAUAAACUAAAAAAUUUUUGGGAAACUAAGUUAAAGUACUAUUAAUGAAUAGUAAUUUAACUCUAAAGAUAAACAUGCCUAGUCGAUUAAGGUUUGUGUUAGUGUAGAUUUAUAUUGUUUUGCACUUCGGAUUUAUAAUUAGACAGCAAAAAUAUAUUCUUCUGAAUUUAUUGUAAAUUGACAUAUAUUUUGGAAAAUUAUAGCGUGAUAGUAUGUAUAAUAUAUUUUGUAUGUAUGUAUAAUAUGUUUUUCGUAGGCACUUAAAAAGUAAUCACGUAAACUAAAAACAUAAUGACUCUAUGAUAUCUCUCCCGUCUCUUAUGUAAUAACCCUAUAUUUAUCUCGUUUUUAAAUCACACUUCUUUUCAACCCGCAACCUUUUCGAAAACUUACUUUUUGAUUUUAACAAAAUAACAUUCAGACUGCUCAAAUAUAUGAAUGCAAAAUCCCAUGCUCUAGAUAUAAGAACGUUGCCGUUUUGUUGUAUAGGAAACACUCCUACUUAACUAUUAACAAAUAUAACUUCUCCUUAAAUACUAAUCUGACAUUUUCAAUUAAUUUGACGAUAUACCCACAGGAAGUGGAGAUUCGCCGUUUUGGCAUUAGUUCCUCGCAGUACCUAGUCAGACAAUUAUUUCGAAAAUAGAAAUAAAAAUUGCUCUUAUUUCCUAUUGUGAUAGCGUAACAAGUACUCUAUUUAUAUUUAAUGGAAAAAUACACGCCUCUUGUUAAAAUGAGCGUGUGCGUCGAGCGCACGUGUCAGAAGUGAAACUUCUUUGGCAAGAUUCGAAAAUACGAAAAUCGUCGCCUUACUCGUGACUCGCCUGACGUGUCGGUAUUACUAUGACGCGACCUUGAAAUUUUACUCUCAACGCCCCUAAAGAAGUUUCACUUCAAAAAUCCUAUACAUAUAAAUAGUAUGUAAUAGAAAUGUAAUUGUAAGAUAUGGAAUAUGGGAUACUUACUCAUCGUACAAGCAGUCAAAUUAUUUUCUUU